AUGACUUCUUGUGAAGCCCGCUCUGUGUAUGGCUGCUACGGCCGAGGAAAGCACUGCAGGAUGGCGGACCAAAACGAGCGCAGCUAUCGCAUUGUGAAGACAGCCUCCAGGAAUACUGACAUCAAAGGUUUGAACCCCCUAACUUCAUAUGUAUUUCAUGUGCGAGCCAGGACAGCAGCAGGAUACGGAGACUUCAGUGGGCCGUUUGAGUUCACAACUAACACAGUUCCUUCCCCCAUCAUUGGCGAUGGUACCAAUCCCACAGUGCUGCUUGUUUCAGUGGCUGGCAGUGUUGUUCUUGUGGUCAUUCUCAUUGCAGCCUUUGUCAUCAGCAGGAGGCGCAGCAAAUACAGUAAGGCUAAACAAGAGGCAGAUGAGGAGAAGCAUUUGAACCAAGGUGUCAGAACAUAUGUGGAUCCUUUUACAUAUGAGGAUCCAAAUCAAGCUGUGAGGGAAUUUGCCAAAGAAAUUGAUGCCUCCUGCAUAAAGAUUGAGAAAGUUAUUGGUGUGGGGGAAUUUGGUGAAGUAUGCAGUGGACGACUCAAAGUUCCAGGAAAAAGAGAGAUCUGUGUGGCUAUCAAGACUCUAAAAGCUGGUUACACUGACAAACAACGGAGAGACUUCCUGAGUGAGGCCAGCAUCAUGGGACAAUUUGACCACCCCAAUAUCAUCCACUUGGAAGGUGUUGUUACUAAAUGUAAGUAGGUCGUUUUCAUGACAAAGCCAAUUUGGAAGUCAC